CCUCACCAUCCUGUCCAAAUAUCAUCAACUCCAAUGCAGUAGUCACUCCCCAGCUUCCUUUUCUGUCUCUGAAGUCCUUUUGACUCUGUCAAGCUCUCAGCUCUCUUGUAGUUCUCUUUCUACCGCUCCACCUCUCUUCACACCUUUCUUGUAGCCUUUAGGUUCAUUUGAUAUAGAUAGAAUCCUCUUCCACAACUUUAAAUUCCCUACUCUAUUCCUUUUGAUUCGCUCAUACAUAUACAUAUAAAGUAUUAUACCUAUAUGAAGAAUUUUUUAUCCUUUCCACCUUAAUCUACUACAGAAAAGCUUCCUGACCUGCACUACUUUGUUCUGCCGCCCGGGCAUGGCCGGGUUAGACCUCGGUACAGCCUCCCGCUUCGUGCAUCCCCUCCACCUCCAUCUUCCCCACCUCAAUCCCGACCCCGACGAAUCUCCCCCUGCACAAGCGGCUGGCGACGCCUCCUCCGAGGAGCCGAGAUCCCAGGGGUUGGAGCUCGCGGCCCCAGCUGGCCCUGGCGACGUCGUGGUGCGCCGCCCCCGAGGUCGACCGCCGGGCUCCAAGAACAGGCCGAAGCCGCCGGUGAUCAUCACCCGGGAGAGCGCCAACACCCUGCGGGCGCAUAUCCUGGAGGUCGGCAGUGGGUGCGACGUCUUCGAUUGCAUCGCGACCUACGCCUGCCGCCGCCAACGCGGCGUGUCCGUCCUUAGCGGAAGCGGCGCCGUCACCAACGUCACCCUCCGUCAGCCCCCCUCCGCGGGGACGCCUAUCGUCUCCCUCCAUGGACACUACGAGAUCCUGUCCCUUUCAGGCUCCUUCCUCCCCCCGCCCGCCCCCCCUGGAGCUACAAGCCUCACCAUCUUCCUGGUCGGCGGCCAGGGGCAGGUCAUCGGGGGCAGCGUCGUCGGAGAGCUCAUCGCCGCCGGACCGGUGAUAGUGAUCGGCGCCACGUUUACCAAAGUCGCCUACGAGCGGCUCCCGCUCGAAGAGGAGGAGGAGCCACCGCAGCAGCAGCCGCAGCUAGAGAUACAUCCUCCCAUGUCUCAGAGCCCGACCGUUGGUGGAGCAACCACUGCCGGCAUCGGCGCCUCCUUUCGAGACCCCUCGUCAGGGUUGCAGUUCUUCAAUUUGCCGCUCAGCAUGCCGCCCUGGCCAGUGGACGGACACGGCGGCUGGCCCGGGAGUGCCGUCCCGAGCCGACCGCCGUACUGAUCCACCGGCCAUGGUGCCAUUAGAUCAACAUCUGCCGGAGACUUGUGAGUGGAAUCGUUGCUAUAUUAGGUAGUGUACGAGGAUGUGUGGUCUUCUAUUCCCUAAGACCAUGUUGUUUGCUGUUCUUCAUGGAAACUCUACUCUAUCACGGGCUUUAAACUACUGCUAAGCUAUCGUUCUCUCCCUCCUCCUUCGAUCUCCUAAACUGUAAUGCCUCUUCAAUAAAACAUAUGUGCAUAUCUUUUUUAUUGCGAUGCCGUCAUUUUCUGUUCUUCA